GAUUUUCGGUCGGUUCGGAUUUUUUUUGUUUGGUAUAUGCGAGAAAUCUGUCACUGUUCUCUCAUAAAAGGAAGCAACUUGUAGCUUUCUGCAGUAUUUAGAGCAUGGAGGCCGCUACUGCCUCAACCUUGCAGUUUCCCACAUGGACUGGUCAGGAGACGAUAGUAAGGAAAUCAAAUGGUUUCUUGCGGUUUUCUCAUAAAUGCAGGGAAGAGAAGGGAAUUCAUAUGCUUAAUUCGAGGAAUUUGCGGUGGAAGAGUGCUUCUGCUCGGCCUAGAAUUGUUGCUUUGGAGGUUUCGGGUUCUUGCAAGAAUUCACCUGCUUCAGCAUUGGAAUCUGGGAUGGUUUGUACUUCCUUUGAUGAAGCUUUGAUUUUAAAGAAGAAGGCACAAGAGGUUGGCCCACACUUAGAUGGACGCUGUAUUUAUCUUGUUGGAAUGAUGGGCUCCGGUAAAACUACAGUUGGGAAGAUUUUAUCAGAAGUAUUGGGUUAUUCUUUCUUUGACAGUGACAAACUGGUGGAGGAGGCUGUGGGUGUAUCUUCUGUGGCUCAGAUCUUUAAGCAGUAUAGUGAGAAUUUCUUCAGAGAUAAUGAGAGUGAUGUAUUGCGGGACUUGUCUUUGAUGCGCCAGCUAGUUGUUGCCACUGGUGGUGGUGCUGUGAUUCGUCCAAUCAACUGGAAAUAUAUGAAACAGGGCAUCACAGUCUGGUUAGAUGUGCCUUUGAAAGCUUUGGCCAGGCGUAUUGCUGCUGUAGGGACAGAUUCCCGCCCUCUUUUGCAUGGAGAAUCGGGUGAUGCUUAUUCAAAGGCAUUAUUGCGACUCUCAACACUUUUUGAAGAGAGGGGUGAAGCAUAUGCCAACGCUGAUGCCAGAGUUUCGCUUCCUCAUAUUGCAGCCAAGCUAGGAUUUGAUGAUGUAUCUGGUCUCACACCAACUACUAUUGCUAUUGAGGCACUUACACUAAUCGAGUAUUCUAUAAAGCGUGAUAAUGAUACGAAUGUUGCAAGGAAUUCAUAACUCUUCCAGCAGCUUGGUUUUGGUUUCACUUUGUUGUAAUACCUUGUGUUUAUCUAUUUAUUUAAGUGGUGGCGUCGUUCCUCUAAUAUACAGUUGGAUCAGAUGUUUCAGCUUACUUGUAUCAUUUUUCUUUUA